AUAUAAUAUAUAAUUUUAUUGUUUUUCAAAUAUGAGUAUUACUAUUGGCAUUGUGCUCUUCAAUUUCGCAGUAUUGCCUGAUUUUGUAGAAUUAGCCAUACGAAGAUACAGUGAAGCAGGUAUCGAUGAAAAUCGCCCUGACCCUCUUUUACCAAAUGUUCGUUAUUACGAAUCUAGGAGUGGCCACAGAUUCUCUAUAUUAUCCGCUACAAGAUCAAGAUAUAUUUUGGUUGGGGUCAAAGAAAAUCACAUAGUUGGAUUAAUCUUGGAAGGAUGCUUGUAUCCAUUUCUAAAUGAAAAUGGAGAAAGAAUUAAAAUAACCAUGAGUUACGAGCAUAUAAUAAUACCGAAGGACGAGGAUCACCCAACUAGACCAUUCAGAUUCUUUCAUGUUUUUGAUCCAGAAAUCAAUAUUCAUGAAGCAGUGCUUCCUUGAAGAGGCUAAGACUUUAUUCAUCAAUUUAUGUUUAUAUCAUUCGUGAAUAAAUUUAUUUACAAAA